AUGUCAGCUAACUACAACUGGCAGGCUGUUCACCCGAUCCACGGUGUACCCAUUGCCGUCGUGCAAGCCACCGAGCAACCAGUAAUCCGCUGUGACGUUCGUCAGAAGCACAAUCUUCCUUCCAGGUCAUGGGCGGUUUGUAUUUCCACAUGGACCAACACUAACUAUUUCUUAUGGUCUUUGUGCGCUGGUCUCGCCGGCUAUCGCUCUGACGAGGAGUGGACGAGUACCUUCGAAACUCACUAUCGGAAGACCUGGGAUGAAAUCCAGGCUAGAGUUCAGGAGAUCGAUGGGCCUUAUAGGUUCGGUAUACCCAUUCCAAUGCCCCCAGUCAGGAAGGCUGUAGUCAUCCACCACCCUGAGAGUGGCCCUGCGCAAACAUUUACGGUCCGCCCGGAGCCUCGCCCAUUCCAUAUUGUCCCGCAAGUAACUAGAAUGUCUCGACAUGCUGUAUGGGGACUUUUGCGGUUUGUGACUGAACGUCAGUCCUGUGUGCCUGAUCAAUUCGACGUAGUGCUCGAUAUGUUGCCGCCAGCACCAGCGCCCCCUACAGGUACACGUAUUCGGAGUGUGGCUGGAAAGAGUGUAUCUCAAGGCGACUCGAAGGAUGAUGUGGUAGACACAUACUACCAGAUCGGAAAUUGA